GAAGACUUCUGUCCAAUCAGAACUCUCCACAUAAAUCGGCUUCUCUUUUUUCCCGACUAGAGCUAUUCUCACCAUCUUGUAUAUCGGACAUGGCGACAACACUUCCUCCGAAGUUGAAUGAUGAUGAUUUAGAAGCUAUUUUACUCGAAAUACAACUGAAUUCAAUUUUGUAUGACAAAGGCUCGAAUGAAUACAAAAACGAUGUAAAGAAGGCCGAAGUGUUUUCAGCAAUUGGUGCCAAGUUUGGCAUUACAGGUGAUCAAGUAAAAGCAAAGUUCAACCACAUGAGAGACAGCUACCAAAAAAAUUUAGAAAAAAUUCGAAAAUCAACACGUAGUGGAGCAGCAGCAGUUUUUGUGAAGCCCUAUAAAUGGUCGAAACAACUCCAGUUUUUAAUACCUCAUUUACAACUCAGAAAGAGCUAUAGCAACAUCCAAAAGUGUUCCCCUGCAACAGAGAUAUUGUCCAAAAUGUGCAAUCCAGAUGAGGCCAAUGCUCAAAUUGAACUAUAUCCAGAAUCAAAUGAUGAUGACCUAUAUGAUACCACAAAGGAAGUGAUAGAAAACACAGAGCAUUUGCCAACAAAGAAGUUAAAAAUCAGCACUCCUUCAUCAUCAACAAGAAAAAGAAAAUCAGAUGCCGAUAAUAUAAACCAACAACUUUUAGACUACCUUGAACGCAAAGAAAAAAGAAAAUCAAUGGAUUCUGGUAGUGACAAACUAAAAUCAUUCUUCCUUAUGACGUAUGCAACCGUGAAGGAGUUUCCAGCUCCUAACAAUUGGAGAUUAAAAAUAAAAUUUGGUCAUUAGUGUCAUCAGUUGAACUCUCUCUAUUACAAGAGGAAUGAGCACUAGAGAAAUAUCAUUAGAUACCGUUUUUGCUUAAAUAAAUGUUGCCACCCAACCCCCUGAACUUUUUCAGAUUUUCAAUUCAACCUAGGGGUAUUUUUAUCAGUUUAAUAUCACAUAAUAAAUAAUUUACAUGAAAGAAAUUGUUGCAAAAUACAUGUAAACCUUUUUAGCAAACACUUAGCAACUUGCCAGUUUAAUUUACAACAGAAGCCUC